AUGGCCUCCUGUGGCCGAAGUCAUCGAAGUAUUAGAACACAGAGACGAUCUACCAAUACUGAACUGGUAGAUACUGACCAAGUAGAGUAUUUGCCCCCUGUUGCUACUGAUGGUUUACUUUGUAAAGUUCGAGCUGCUAUUUACCUGUCAUUAGAUGAAUUAUGGGCAGUUCCGACAAACAUUGCUUUAGUUGCCACAUUUCUCGAUCUACGGUUUAAACAUUUCAAUUGGACGACAAGCGUUGAACGAAGCAGAGCACAGAAUUUGGUAAAGACUCUAUAUAAUGAAUUAAAGACAAACCUUACUAUUCCAGAUGACAAUGACGAGAAUUUGGUAGAUAGAAAUUACAAUGAUGAUGAUGGAGACUUUUUUCAUGAGUUAGAAGCAAAUUCUACACAAGCUGAUGUGGAGGAAGAUGACAACGAAAUAAUGUACUAUGUAAAGUUGAAAGAAAUCAAAAUUAAUGAUGAUCCUUUAGAAUGGUGGCUAAAAAAUAGAAUUGUUGAUCAUCCUUUCAAUCCGUUCAAAUAUGCGGAUCUUUUCAAUCUAUGGACCAGCUAA